AUGCCUGGUGUUCCCGUCGACGCGCUGGACAACUUGAAGGCCAAGUUCAAGUCCAUUUUCAAGUCCAAGUCCAAGGCCGCCCCUGCCGCCGCCCCUGCCGCCAAACCCACUGAAGAGGCCGCCAAGCCUGCUGAGGAGGCCGCCAAGCCCGCCGAAACUGCUGCCGCACCGGCUGCCGCCGACGCUGCUCCCGCUGCUGCUGAGAGUGCUUCUGCCCCUGCUGCCGCCCCUGCUGCUGAGGCCGAGUCUGCUCCUGCCGAGGUUGCUGCCGCUCCAGCCGCCGAGGCCGCUGCCGCGGCUGAGCCCGUUGCUGCCGCUCCUGCUGCCGCUGAGGCUGCUCCCGCGGCCGAGGCUGCCCCCGCCGCUGCUGCUGAGGAGGCCAAGCCGGCCGAAGCUGCCGCUGCCGCUCCUGUUCCUGCUGCCGCAUAA